AUGGAGAGGAAUGAUUAUGUUGGAAUAACCAUAGGCGAUGAUUUCUCGCAAAGGCAGUUACCCUCCAUGCCGGCAAUGGUAACAUCAUCCUCACCUUCACGUUCACACCACCAACAGCAUCAAUUAAAUACGCAGAAUCCUCAUCGUCAGGAUUUUCUCGAUGGGCAUAACAGAAGGCGUUCAAUCAACUACAUUCAAAGUUCAUCAGGACAUUAUCCUUCUGUUCCUUCACCUCAAAAUCAGAAUCCAUCGCAGCAUCAACGUUCUUUGUCCGCAAUCGCACAAGCAACCAACACGUAUCAGACCGCAUAUUCUAAUUCUCAACCACCUUCUCCUUCCAAUCAUUUUCCCAAUGUUCCCAAUUCCAACAAACCUUCGCAACCUUCUUCACUUACGACGCGCGACCGCUCUUUAAAACCCGAGUCUUGUGGAACCGCUUUUAGACGCAUCCGGUCAAAGUCGGAUCUGAGGCCCCCGCCCGCACCCCGCAGAACAGAUUCCGCCAAAGGAGCAAUCAGUCCGCUAAAAUCGUUGACCGUACAUCUUACGUCAACGUAUCACAAAAUUAAUCCCAAAUUUCGAUACGAACUUUCAUGUAAUCCUCGUCGUGUUUUGACGAAACCUUCAAAAGGUGUGAAAAACGAUGGAUACGAUAACGAGGACAACGAUUAUAUUCUUUACGUUAACGAUAUAUUAGGAAGUGAAGAGGGGCAAAAAUACCUCAUACUAGAUAUUCUGGGACAGGGCACCUUUGGUCAAGUUGUAAAAUGUCAGAAUCUAAAGACGAAAGAAACGGUGGCCGUUAAGGUUGUUAAGAACAAGCCCGCCUAUUUUAAUCAGAGCAUGAUGGAGGUGACGAUACUGGAACUGCUAAACAACACGUGGGACAGUCAAGAUCAACAUCACAUUUUAAGACUUUUAGACACAUUUAUUCAUCGUCGGCAUCUUUGCCUGGUGUUUGAGCUUUUGUCUGUUAACUUGUAUGAAUUGAUUAAACAAAAUCAAUUUCGCGGUCUUAGCACUAAUCUUGUUAGAGUUUUCACCGCUCAGUUGUUGGACGCACUGACAGUCCUGAACGAAGCACGCAUAAUCCAUUGUGAUUUGAAACCUGAAAAUGUAUUGUUGAAAAAGUGGAGUUCAGAAUAUAAUCAGGUUUCCAGAAUCGUAGAAAUGCUCGGAGUUCCUCCACCCUACAUGAUCGAAGUUGGCAAAACGGAUCACGAAUACUUUGACCGUUAUAUCAAUGAACAUGGUCAAAAAAAAUAUCGCCUGAAAACAAUGGAACAGUAUAUGAAGGAUAAUAAUUGUGUGGAACAGCCUUCCAAAAGGUAUUUCUCCGCCACCACGCUUCCGGAGAUUAUCAGGUCGUACCCGAUUAUGAGAAAAGGUGUGACUCAAAAAGAUGUCGAGAAAGAAAUGCAAAACCGAUUGGCUUUCAUCGACUUUGUGCAAGGAUUAUUGAAUCUCAACCCAAUCGAGCGGUGGUCGCCACAACAAGCGAAACUGCAUCCGUUUAUAACGGGCGAAAAGUUUACUGGAAAAUUUGUUCCUCCGAUGCAACUUAAAUCUCCCAGUAAAGUUAGCGCAUCGUCUGCUCAGGCUCUCAAUGCAUCACAACCAUCCUCCUCACAUCUUCCCUCAAUGACCUCGCCUUCACAAUAUAAAGCUAAAACAAACACUUCCCCAAAUACUCUGCACAAGAGUUCCGUAACAUCCCAUGAGGUACCUUCUGUGACUGUGGCACCUCAUGUCACUAGUACCAAGGGAUCCACUACCUCUCAAAGACAACAAGCGUCCGGUAAAUUGUCCACUUUGGCACCAAAAUCAAGUGUUGGCUCUUUAAGACCUCGAGCCAGUACGAUUGGGAAUAUUCAGGUCCCGCCGCAAAUUCAGAGAGCGGCGGCACUCGUAUCACCGGGUAAUGUCGUCGGUGGGUCGCCGGGAGAACAUUCUAGACUCCCUAGGGAGAAAGACUUCAGAAGACUACCGCAACCCUAUCCGCAUUUAAAUUUGUUGAAAGGACACGAUCAGACUCAUGAUGUUCCUCAAUUCUCGGUCGUGGUCGAGGGGGAAGAUAGACGUGCGCUCGGGCCAUCUUUAAACCUCAAUGCGCCCACGACUGAGGUGGUGGGCAUUCGAAUAGGAGAGGAUUGGAUCGAUGAAGAAGGGAGGCAUCAAAAAGAAAAAGGAUCACCUAAGGACGAGGGGCAACAGAAUGUGAUGUCUGAUGACAUAGGUUUGUCCACUAACGAAUCUAAUGAUCGUGGAGCCAUAAAUAAUAAUAAUGGUAACGAAAAAAGAUUAAAGGUGAUGCCUGGAAGCAUGCCCAACGGUGAUUCCACAAGUCCCGUCAUAUCCAGUGGAUUAGACGAUGACACGAUAGUAGAUCCUUUGGGAACCACCCUACACUUAACGCAGCAGUAUCAUAAAAAAUCGCAAACCGAGCAGCAAGGCGUGAUCGGUCAAAACAGUCAUAACAACAAUAACUCUUGGCAACCAUCGUCAACAUCCAAAUCGCAAAGAUCAAUUUUACCGCAACAUCACUACCAACAAUCCGGACUUCGACAUCCGUCACCAUUGUCGGCGGUUUCUGUCAAUGUGGCGUCCCCCUUAGUGAACCAAACACCAACCCGUGUUCCAAAUUACCACCCCUCAUCAUCAUACUCAUCCUCAUUCCGAACGCCAAACACAUCCCCCUAUACUAGCCAGACCCAUCAGCAUGUCUUACCGCCACCUGUAACUCAACAAAAUAUUCAACAGGCAUCAUCAGCAACUACAUCUGGCUCUUAUUAUCAAAACCUUGUACCACCAAACUAUGAGCAAUACCAUCACAACAUGCGAACACAUAGACGGCCUUCUAAUCACCGAAUCUCGCCUUCCACUUCUCCAUAUCCAUCGAGUUCGCCGUCUAAUUAUGAUCUUCCACCUUCACCAACUCCUAACCAUCAUUUACCACCACAAUCAUCUUACUAUCGGCAACAGUCCGUUACGAACAAUCACCGUUCUUCCCCUUCAAAGACGGGCCCACAUGAAAUGUUGCAACAACAAUCCACCCUUCCGUCCAUUACAAAUUCGACAGUAAAUAGUGAUUCGCUUCCUUCUCACCUUAACAAUAAUCAUGAUGCUAAAUAUAACAAUCAGAGAGAAAUAAAUACCAUGCCUUAUCAGAUGGCAUGA